CCACCCAGAUGGCGACUCCAGCCUCGGCCCCAGAUACUCGAGCCCUGGUGGCAGAUUUUGUGGGUUACAAGCUGAGGCAGAAGGGCUAUGCCUGUGGAACUGGCCCAGGAGAGGGCCCUACAACUGAGCCCUUGCAUCGGGCCAUGCGUGCUGCUGGAGACGAGUUUGAGUCCCGCUUUCGACGCACAUUUUCUGAUCUGGCCGCUCAGUUGCACGUGACUCCUGGCUCGGCCCAGCAGCGCUUUACCCAGGUCUCAGAUGAGCUCUUCCAGGGGGGGCCCAACUGGGGCCGUCUUGUGGCAUUCUUCGUCUUUGGGGCAGCGCUCUGUGCAGAGAGUGUCAACAAAGAGAUGGAGCCACUGGUGGGACAGGUGCAGGACUGGAUGGUGACCUACCUAGAGACACAGCUGGCAGACUGGAUCCACAGCAGCGGGGGCUGGGAGCUGGAGGCCAUCAAAGCCCGAGUAAGGGAGAUGGAGGAAGAGGCAGAGAAAUUGAAGGAGCUUCAGAACGAGGUGGAGAAACAGAUGAACAUGAGCCCACCCCCAGGCAAUGCUGGCCCAGUGAUCAUGUCCAUUGAGGAGAAGAUGGAGGCUGAUGCCCGAUCCAUCUAUGUAGGCAAUGUGGACUAUGGUGCAACAGCAGAAGAGCUGGAGGCACACUUCCAUGGUUGUGGUUCAGUUAAUCGAGUUACCAUCCUUUGUGACAAGUUCAGUGGCCAUCCUAAGGGGUUUGCAUAUAUAGAAUUUUCAGAUAAAGAUUCGGUCAGGACGUCGAUGGCCUUGGACGAUUCUCUUUUCAGAGGAAGACAGAUCAAAGUGAUACCAAAACGGACCAAUCGGCCGGGGAUCAGCACCACAGAUCGGGGUUUUCCACGUGCCCGAUAUCGUGCCAGGGCUACUAACUACAGUAGUUCACGCUCUCGAUUCUAUAGCGGCUUCAACAGCAGACCCCGGGGCCGAGUCUACAGGGGCCGGGCUAGAGCGACGUCAUGGUAUUCCCCUUACUAAAAAAAACAAAACAAAAAAACAAAA